CAAACAAACAAAAUCCAUGGACUGGUUUUCUUGGCUUUGCAAAACAGGGCUAGAGCCCUCUCUUGUUUAUGAAUAUGGCCUAGCUUUUGCUCAUAAUGAGCUCGAACAUGAAGAUAUCGUUUACUUCAAUCACGAAUUUCUUCAAAGCAUAGGCAUUUCCAUUGGCAAACACAGGUUAGAAAUUCUCAAACUUGCCAAGAAAGAAAGAGGAACCAUUCCAAAUUCCAUGUCCAGAUUUCUUCAAGUGAUUAAACGAACAAAAAGGCGUUUAUCGAAUUAUGUAAGGAACUGGGGACAUAAUGAAGAAUUAGAUCUUGCUUUAGUACCAAAAAGAAAUGGCAAUUCCAGAUGGAAAAAUUCUAUGGUGAAGAGGAACAAGAAGGUUGUUGCAGUUAAGCAGGAUACGUUUUUGCUCACAAAUGGGAGUCAUAAUUUCAGUUCAGAUUCAAGAAUGAAUAAUUGUAGACAGAGUUUCUCCCACAAUGAAGUUAAGAAAAUUGAACACAUGUGA